AUGUUCAGCUCAUCAACUAAUAGUUUCGGAAGCAAUGAUCAACAACCAGCAGGUUUCAGCUUUGGUUCAAGUAGUGCUACUGCUACUACUGAUCAACAGCAACCAUCAUUUGGUACAACCGGCAAUACUUCUGGUGGAUUCAGCUUUGGAGAAACAUCCCAACCAGCCACUACUCAACAACCAACUGGAGGAUUCAGCUUUGGAUCAUCACCAACUACUACUACCACUACUACUGGAUUCGGAAGCUUUGGUUCCCAACCAGCCACUCAACCAAGUUUUGGUUUUGGGACUACUACAGGAAAUUCUCAACCUACCACUACUGGCUUUGGAUUAAGUCAACUAACAACUACUCAAUCUAUAACUCAACCACCCCAAACAGGUUUCGGUUUUGGUGCAACUCAACCACCUACUGUUACUGGAUUUGGUGCUACUCAACCACAACAAACUGGAUUCGCUUUUGGCACAACCACUACUGAGCCAACAUUUGGUUUCACUUUUGGUGCAGCAACAACUACCAAUCUUGCUGGAUUUAUUACCAUCCCACAACAUGGGUCAUUUGGUGGUUAUCAAAGCAAUGAUUUUCAUGAUUUAAAUAUUGAAAUUUAUGAUGAAAAUGGACUUUUUACUACAAUCAAGACUCAUAGAAUCAAAGUUGGACAAAAUAAUGGAUUAUUAUCUCAGUUGGUAAAGAACAGUACCAAGAAAAAUGAUGUAUUUACCAUAGAAUUAGCAACAUCUUUCAUUCCAGAAUCAAAGUUUGGAAGAAUCAAAGCUAUUGCUUUACAACAUGCUAUUAGUUCCUAUUUUGAAUCAUCCAAUGCAAAAGUAGAAGAUAUUUUACAAGUUAUGCUUGUGAUGGAUUACUUUGGCAUUCCAACAUUCCAAACAUUAGUCAAUCGACUUUACUCAACCUUUAAACUCUCAGAAUAUUGUGCACGUGCGUAUCUCAGAAGUUUCAACAAUUUCUUUUCAACCUAUUCACUUCCUCACUCUACAGAAACAUCUUCCUACUUUACCUUGUUUAAAAUUGCAUUCAACACCUUGGUAGAUGGAAAGGAUUUAGAAAAUCAAAUGGUUAUCAAGGAAUUGAACAGACAAUUAUUUGAAACUCAAAUCAAAAAGGUGGUCACUGCAACAGAGUUACCAAAUAUUUUGAGUGCAAUUGAUGUUUGGGUUUUACAUAACUUUGCUUCGUUGAGAGAGACACUCUCCUAUGAAGUCUGCACUCUGGUUGACAAUCUCCAUAUCAAUAAUAUCGAAACCGUUUUAAUGAUGAUCCAAUUACUAAGCUGUAAUUCCCCACAAUUUUAUUUUAUUAGUGCAAUUAGUCCAGAGUGGAAAUUGAAACUCAUUAACAAGUAUGCCAGUUGCAAUCCAGUCCAACAACCACAAGCUCAACCAGGUGGAUUCAAUUUUGUUUCAACUCCAGUACAAACUCAACAAACCCAACAAACUCCAUUUGGUUUUGGAUAA